GCAGAUCACAGGUGCUACAACAGCACGGGCGUGGAUUACCGGGGCACGGUGAGCGUGACGCGCUCGGGGCGGCAGUGCCAGCCCUGGAACUCGCAGUACCCCCACACCCACACCUUCACUGCUGCCAGGUACCCCGAGCUCAACGGGGGCCACUCCUACUGCAGGAACCCUGGAAACCAGAAGGAUGCUCCGUGGUGCUUCACCUUGGAUGAGAACUUCAAGUCGGAGCUCUGCGAUGUCCCGGCCUGUGAUUACAAGGAUUCCAAGGAAAAGAAUAAAAUGGAAAUCCUGUACAUCCUGGUGCCAAGUGUCACCAUCCCCCUGGCCAUAGCCUUGCUCUUCUUUUUCAUCUGCAUCUGUCGCAACAACCAGAAAUCCUCGUCCCCCCCAGUGCAGAGGCAGCCGAAGCACGUCCGGGGGCAGAACGUGGAGAUGUCCAUGCUCAACGCCUACAAACCAAAGAGCAAAGCCAAGGAGCUGCCCCUGUCUGCCGUGCGCUUCAUGGAGGAGCUGGGGGAAUGCGCCUUCGGCAAGAUCUACAAGGGCCACCUCUACCUGCCGGGCAUGGACCACGCCCAGCUCGUGGCCAUCAAGACCCUCAAGGACUUCAACAACCCCCAGCAGUGGGCGGAAUUCCAGCAGGAGGCGUCGCUGCUGGCGGAGCUGCAGCACCCCAACAUCGUGUGCCUGCUGGGCGCGGUGAGCCAGGAGCAGCCCGUGUGCCUGCUCUUCGAGUACACCAACCAGGGCGACCUGCACGAGUUCCUGGUCAUGCGCUCGCCCCACUCCGACGUGGGCUGCAGCAGCGACGAGGACGGCACGGUGAAAUCCAGCCUGGACCACGGCGACUUCCUGCACAUCGCCGUGCAGAUCGCCGCCGGCAUGGAGUACCUGGCCGGCCGCUUCUUCGUGCACAAGGACCUGGCGGCCCGCAACGUGCUGAUCGGGGAGCAGCUCCACGUGAAGAUCUCGGACCUGGGGCUCUCCAGGGAGAUCUACUCGGCUGAUUACUACAGGGUGCAGAACAAGUCGCUGCUGCCCAUCCGCUGGAUGCCGCCCGAGGCCAUCAUGUACGGCAAGUUCUCCUCCGACUCCGACAUCUGGUCCUUCGGGGUGGUGCUGUGGGAGAUCUUCAGCUUCGGCCUCCAGCCCUACUACGGGUUCAGCAACCAGGAGGUGAUCGAGAUGAUCCGCAAGCGGCAGCUGCUGCCGUGCUCCGAGGACUGUCCCCCCAGGAUGUACGGGCUGAUGACGGAGUGCUGGCACGACCUGCCGUCCCGCCGGCCGCGCUUCAAGGAGAUCCACGCCCGCCUGCGCUCCUGGGAGGGCCUGUCCAGCCACACCAGCUCCACCACCCCGUCGGGCGGCAACGCCACCACGCAGACCACCUCGCUGAGCGCCAGCCCCGUCAGCAACCUCAGCAACCCCCGCUACCCCAACUACAUGUUCCCGGCUCAGGCCAUGCCCCAGGGCCAGCUGGCGGGUUUCAUGGCGCAGAACCAGCGCUACAUCCCCAUCAACGGCUUCCCCAUCCCGCCGGGCUACGCCGCCUUCCCCGCGCCGCACUUCGCCCCGCCGGGGCCGCCCCGGGUCCUCCCGCACUGUCCCCCUCCCAAGAGCCGCUCGCCCAGCAGCGCCAGCGGCUCCACCAGCACGGGCCAUGUCACCAGCCUGCCGUCGUCCGGCUCCAACCAGGAGGCCAACAUCCCCCUGCUGUCCCACAUGGCCAUCCCCAGCCACCCCGCGGGCAUGGGCAUGGCCGUGUUUGCCAGCAAAACUCAGAAACCCUACAAAGUGGACUCCAAGCAGUCCUCCCUGCUGGGGGACUCCAGCGCGCACGGACCCAACGACUCGGUCAUUUCGGCGGAGUUGUAGAUACGCGAGGCCUUUGUAAAUAGGACUCUUCAGAAGGGGGAGGAAA